AUGGGCAAGUUUUUUGAAACCAUUCCCGAGUACCUGGCGAUUUGGAUCCUGGAACAGAAGGUGUUCUGGGUUGCGACCUCACCGCUCUCGGCGUCCGGCCAUGUCAAUGUGUCGCCCAAGGGCGGCCCCUACUUUGGACUCCUGGACGACAAGACAUUCUGGUACAUGGACCUCACCGGCAGCGGCAACGAAACCAUCUCGCACCUUUACGAGCCCGGCAACGGCCGCAUCACCGUCAUGUUCAACUCGUUCGAGGGCUCACCUCGCAUCGUCCGCCUGUUUGGUCAUGGCUCGGUCCUUGAGCGAGGGAUGCAAGACUUUGACGAUUUCGUUAAGAAGCACGACGUCGAGGUCAUCCCGAGCUCCAGGUCCAUCAUCAUCGUCAGGAUACACCAGGCUGCGAGCUCGUGCGGGUUUUCUGUCCCGUUCUACGAAUUCAAGAGCUUCCGAAAUACGCUGAACGAGGUCUUUGCCAAAAGGGAAGAGAAAUAUCGGCAGGGUAACGAGGAGGAGAAGGUGGAAAGGUACUGGGCCUGGAAGAAUGCAUAUAGCGUCGACGGUCUGCCAGGGAUGCAAAUCGGAUGCCGGACGGGCAAAGAGGAGGGCAUUGCCCCCAUCGAGAAAAUGGUCGGUCCUAUGGCGCCCCGGGCCUACCGCAACGACCAAAGGUUCACUACCUGGCACCUCGUCCUCGUCGCGCUUCUAUCGGCCAUCUGUACAGCGAUCUCGCUCUCGAUACUGCUUGGUGUGCUCCCACACAGCUCCUAUCUCUCAGGCGUCUAG